AAUACCACUAAAUGUAGUGGGAGUGGGCACGCUCACACGUCAUUGAUUACCUACCCAGAAAUACUCAGAAGGUACCCAACUGACGACCACAACGAUUUCCCCCUGCCAGCUGAUGUCACAGUGUUUUGCCAGCCUGAAGGUUGCCAAACAUUAGACGCUCACGCAAGAUGCGGUCAGGGUCGCGAUCCCCAAUUUUUCGUUUUUAUGUUGACAGAAAAAGACUCGGCGAAAAUACGAUAUGGUAUCUGCCUCAAUUUCUACCAACGUUCGGACAAGAGAAUAACUAAUGCAGGUGGAGCGAGCGGAGGAAGAGCUGCCGUCGAAAAAAAGCAAGUUUUGUUGAGUAUA